GGCCAGCACAUCGCCAUGGCCGCCUCCUCCCGCCGCGCGUCGCAGCUGCUUGGAUCCGUCGCCUCCCGCCUCCUCCACCAGCGGGGCUAUGCCGCCGCGGCGCCCUCGCCGGCGGUUUUCGUCGACAAGAGCACCCGCGUGAUCUGCCAGGGCAUCACCGGGAAGAACGGCACCUUCCACACCGAGCAGGCCAUCGAGUAUGGCACCAACAUGGUGGGUGGAGUUACUCCCAAGAAAGGUGGGACUGAGCACCUUGGCAUUCCAGUUUUCAACUCAGUAGCAGAAGCUAAGGCCGAGACGAAGGCGAAUGCCUCUGUUAUAUAUGUUCCACCACCAUUUGCUGCUGCUGCAAUAAUGGAGGCAAUGGAAGCAGAGCUUGACCUUGUUGUAUGCAUUACCGAAGGGAUACCUCAGCAUGACAUGGUGAAAGUGAAGGCUGCUCUGAACAGGCAAUCAAAAACCCGAUUGAUCGGACCAAAUUGCCCUGGUAUCAUUAAGCCUGGUGAAUGUAAGAUCGGAAUUAUGCCAGGUUACAUCCACAAACCAGGGCGCAUUGGAAUAGUAUCUCGUUCUGGUACCUUGACAUAUGAAGCGGUGUUUCAAACAACAGCCGUAGGCCUGGGGCAGUCAACCUGUGUAGGCAUGGGAGGCGAUCCCUUUAACGGCACUAAUUUUGUUGACUGCCUCGAAAAGUUUGUUGCUGAUCCUCAGACAGAAGGUAUUGUUCUUAUUGGUGAAAUUGGAGGUACUGCCGAGGAGGAUGCUGCAGCCUUUAUCAAGGAGAGCAAGACAGAAAAGCCUGUUGUUGCAUUCAUAGCUGGACUUACUGCACCCCCGGGCCGCCGCAUGGGCCAUGCUGGAGCAAUUGUGUCAGGGGGGAAGGGUACUGCCCAAGACAAGAUCAAGGCACUCAGAGAGGCUGGGGUUACUGUUGUUGAAUCGCCUGCUAAGAUUGGUUCGACGAUGUUCGAAAUUUUCAAGCAGCGUGGGAUGGUAGAGUAGAGAGAAGAAAUGGUACAGUAGAAAGAAAACAUCGGGAAACUUCCUUUUGCUGCUCGUUGGUUAAUAGCGAGCAACACCUUUGGUAGAGCCGUGUCUCUGGCCGCUGAAUUGAGCUUCUCAGUCAUCGUUUUCUUUCUUUCCCUGUCUUCAGUGUGAAGAUUGCCUUUUCAUGUGCUCAUUUCAAAUCUUCAAUAAGACAAAUUCUUGAUAUGCAAUUGCUUGGAAUUCAUGGGGAUACCCAAA